AUGACGCCAACAUCCGUGUUGGGUCGCCGCGUCAUGGUGGACCACUCAACUGGUUCAGCCUCUGUUGGCAUCGUGGUGAGUCAACGGCUAGACAACUAUGUGCAGGUUGCCAACAGUGCAUGCGAGUGGCAGGAGAAGCUCCUCUGGAUCGCGCCGCAGAGGUACGUGUUCGUUGACGCCGCGCAACCGGCGGCUGAGAGCGAGCGGUGCGUGAGGAGUGGGCAAGGGUCUGAGCAACGUGGUUGGCAGUGGUCAGCGGAAGAAUGGAACGAAUGGUACAGUCAGGAGCCUCGAGGCCGCAGCAGGAGUGCGCACAGAUCAGGAUGGCGUAAAUUGGAAGUUCACGCAGUUCAAGAUGCGCAUGCGCUGCGGAUCGUGCAGCAGCUCAAAACGUUUGGAACCGUGGACACGUACCAUGAUGUUUGGAACAACAAGAUCGUGGCACGCUUUGAUCUGGCGACCCACGCUCGCCAAGCAAUGGCGCAGUAUAGUGCGAUUGACGGUGAGUAUUUGGCUUGGGUGUGA